AUGGCAGAAGAUCGCAAUGCUACAACCGCAGUCUGGGACUUCGCCUACUCUACAGGCUCCUAUGGGAUGGCAACUGGGAAGGCCACUCUGUGGAAUACGUUCACGACGCAAGAGCCCGAGCUAAACUCCAGAACAGCCACGCAUCGCAAACAGCAACCAAGCGAGUCUAAGAAAUCCAUCUCCAGCAUCAUCGUGAAUAGUCUCCACCCUGCGUCGGCCACAACAUCAGCAACGGUGCAAGUUUGCCCUGAUGCUGGCAAAUCCAGCAGCUUGAGAUCGAGAUUCAAGACCAAGGCUCACUCCAACUCGAAAUCCAAGCACCACAGCCGGGACAGCCAGGAUGCCUCGGCCUCACAGAGAACAUAUCUCCUGUCGAUCCCACGCGCCGACCGUGUAUACUGCACCCAAAUGAGAGAAAUCGUCUCGACACUGCUCCUCACACCACAGACGCAACUAGUUCUCCUCGUACCCCAAUCCCAUAUCGUCUGCGAGCGGAUGUGCGACCUGGGCCGUCUUUCCAAGGCGCCGGGAAGCGGGCUGCGAAUUCUCCCUGUCCCGUGUGAAAUCCCGAUGGAAUAUGGUGGGAUGAGCGGCAUGGAUGACGACGACGAGGGAAGCCAGGGCGGUUCGACUUACUUUGAAAAUCCGCUGGAAAUGCUCGCGGUGCAGGAGAUUGCGGCUAAGGUCCUCAAAUGCACCAAGUUCAGGCGUUUCGACGGAUACCUGGCAUUUGAGGACGAGCGGGCGAGUUGGGUUUUUCUUGAGAGGGUUGGGAAGGCGGUUGCUGGGCUAUCUCCUGCUGGUGGUGGUGGUAGGAAGGCGUGA